UUGUGGAUCGUUCUUAUAGUCAUAUUUGCGUUUAACGCUUUUAAGUUAAUAUAUUCUCAAAUAGUAUAUAUAUUUUCCAUAUAUGUUUACUAUUGUCCGCGCUAAAAUGCAUGUCGCAUAUCUGCGUUAAUGAUAGAAAGCUACGAAAUAACAUGUGAACAGACAGUGAUAUUUAUUAGAGCCAGUGCGUGCUCAUUAUAAUAACAGAAAAGCUGAACGACACCCUAGUGUUUUAUCACUCAGGUUACCUAGAUCAAACCUAACGAUGUCUAAAGUUAAGCCGAAUAAACAUGCUGCUAGUGUUCAGACUAAUGGUCAAGCAAAGCAUACUAAGAAGAAAAAGAAACCUGAUAAGAAAAAGACGUUCUUCUACCACACGAAACCGGUUGUAAAUAAGGAAAAAACAAAACCAAAAACUGUGAAGCCAAACAUUAUGCCCCCAACAGAAGUUCAAGAAUAUUCCUGCAACUGGAAGAACUUAUUGCAGACUCUCGCUCCAAAUCCUGAAAAGAAGGAUGAAGGCACAAAACAGACGAAAGAUGCAAGUGUUAAAGGAAAUCAGCUUCAGAAGACGCAGUCAGUUUCCAAAGACUCUCGUAAACCGGAUAAACUCUUCAAAAAACCCUCACAGACUGUCAAACCGGCCUCUGAGAGUUCUGGAAGAGCAGAGAAAGAUGGAGAUCAACAGAAUGGAAAAGACCCUGCUGGACACAAACAAUUUAAAGCAGAGAAGAGGAAAACAAAGGAUGAAAAAGAGAAACAAUCGAGCAAAAAGAAGAAAGUCGAGGAGGUGGAAAAGAAACCUACCGCAGAGUCUGAUAUCUGGUUUGAUGACGUGGACCCUGAUGACAUCGAGUCCGCCGUGGGGGCGGAGGCCGCAGACAUCGUGCGAAAGCGGAACGGGAUUCUGAAGUGCAGUGCAAAAACCACAGAGGAAUCGCUGGUGAAAGAGCAUGCGUUUGAGGGGUUGACCCGCGCUGUUGCUAUGGACUGUGAGAUGGUGGGGGUCGGAUGUGACGGGGAGGACAGCAUUCUAGCACGCGUCUCGAUCGUCAACCACUUUGGGAAGUGCAUCUACGAUAAAUACGUCAAACCCACGGAAAAGGUUACGGACUACCGGACGGCCGUUAGCGGUAUCAGGCGGGCGGACAUUGAAAACGGUGAGGACAUCAAGACAGUCCAGGAGGAAGUGGCUCAGAUUCUGGAAGGAAGAAUUUUAGUGGGACACGCCAUUCACAAUGACUUAAAGAUUUUGUUGUUGGGUCAUCCCAAGAAAAUGAUCAGAGACACACAGAAAUACAAACCAUUUAGGCAGAAAGUAAAGUCCGGAUGUCCUGCAUUGCGGGUUUUAUGCAAAGAGAUUCUCAAUGUUCAAGUCCAGCAGGGCGAACACUCAUCCGUUCAGGACGCUCAGGCCACCAUGAGGUUGUACACUAUGGUGAAGAAGCAGUGGGAGGCGGAGCUUAAAGCCGUGCGGGCGGGAAAAUAUAAGAAGAGUCCACGAAAACCCAAAGCUCCUAAAGACCACAGCAAAUUAACUCAGAUCCGCCAAUAAAAACUCUUCUCUGUCGUCGCAAAUCUCAACAGACUGAAGCGGUACAUCGAUCGGUGACAUGGAUUGUUCUGGAGUUACACAAUCUCGUCAGUUAUGUAAUGAUGAACUAUUUAAUUAACUGUCUCUCUACUGUUCAACUGUUUCUUGAUUUCAAGUUUGAACUCCUUAUUUGAGGAAUCAGACAGUCAAACCGUUCAGAUUUUCAGGUUAUAAGUGUGACUGUACUAUCAAGCCCUUUUUAUGCCAAGUUAUGUAGUUUUUCAUCCUGUAUAAAAUUUCAGUUUUCAGUUUGAGCUCCUAUUAAAGUCCUGCAACUGGA